AUGGCAAACAUAAAUUCAGGAAUUUUAAGAAUUGGUGGAAGCUCCAAUAGUGAUGCCGAAGAUUUUACUGCCGUUACUAAGUUUACGUUUCAUGAACUUGCUGCUGCCACUGGAAAUUUUGCACCAGAAUCCCUUUUGGGCGAAGGAAAAUACGGGCGUACAUUCAGAGGUUGCUUAAAGAGCAGUGGCCAGGUAGUUGCAGUUAGACAAGUUAAUGAGCAAAGCAUAUCUAACGUCUACAGAUACCUUGACCAAUCAAUGUCUUCGACAAUUCAUUUGCAUAGCCUCUUACACCAUCCUAACAUAGUGGAUAUGAUCGGUUACUGCGUUGAUGGAGACCAGAUAUUUUUCGUUUACAACUUCAUGCCGUUGGGAUCUUUAAAGGAUCAUUUACAUGAUCUUCCGCCUAAUAAGAAGCCUCUGGACUGGAAUACAAGGAUGAAAAUUGCAGCUGGUGCAGCUAAAGGAUUAAAAUACUUGCACAAAAAAUCCGACCCUCAAGUAAUCCAUGGAAAUAUCAAACCUUCCAACAUUCUCCUAAGCGAAGGAUACCAACCCAAGCUGUCAGAUUUCCUUGGGUUUAAAGAGCGAAUUCCAGAAUCUGACGAGUCUAACCAUGCAAGGAUUUUCAGCAGUCAGUGUUAUCGCCAUGCACCUGAAUUUUAUAUGAAGUUUAAACUCACUCAACAAUCCGACAUCUACAGUUUUGGCCUUGUCUUGCUUGAACUGAUUUCAGGACGUAUGGCACAGAUUAGGCCUAGUCUCAUUGAAUGGGCAAAACGUAAACUGGUGGGUGAUCGCGAAUUCACUACGGUGGCUGACCCACUACUGAAAGGCCAUUAUCCAGAGCAAGGCUUGUAUCAAGCUCUUUCUCUUGCAGAUUCGGGUAACUGA